UGUAUCGUACGUUUCUAAUGCCCGGAUUGCCCGGUAACGUUAGUAACGUGUACGCGCAUCCUGCAUGGUAGGAGGGAUAGGGGACCGCUCAGAACAGUUCAAUGUGUUGCCGCGUCUCCCGCGCAGCGCAGAACGGACGGCGACCGCGACCAAGCCACAGCGCAUCUUGUGCGCUCACUCUAAUAAUACUAUUCAUCAAAAACAACAACUGUGGGUGUGCUAGUGAUAAACCAAAGUGUUAAUGGAUUUAACACAGAAGUUUUAUACAAAUAGUCGAUAUAAAACAUUCGACAGUGACACCGGUGAAAGUGAGCUUUCUAAACGAACGUAAUUAUUCCGUACUGAGAUGUGGUCCUUCAUGAAUACUUAGGCAGCAUACAUGAGUGUCAGCAAGGAGGUAAUGCAAGGAGACAUACCCAAACUGUGUUUGCUGGUUGCUACACUGGCACUUGGGAGUGUGGCGGGAAGUGGCGGCGCCUGCGAGCGUGGCGUGAGCUGGUGGGACCGGCAGCGUGGCACCUGUACGCCCUGCACCCGAUGCGACCCUGCCAAACGACUGGUCGUCAGAUACCCCUGCGAGAUCCACAGAGAUACUAUCUGCCAGUCGUUGUUCGAAGCCCAGAUCUCUCCAUUCAAUACACCGAAACAGGUGCUUAAAAAAAACAAUGAAUCGAGUGAACUGGUUCCCAGUGAUGAGGAGUACGAGUAUGUGGACUACGAUAGUGAAGUGACAUCUAAUAAUGCAGUGGCGUGGGACCUGCAAACGAUCAGCCUGACUGUGGCUGCGAGCGGCUGCCUCGUGUUCUUUGUCGUGGUCCUGGUGAUGUCUCUCUACCAUGCAAGGCAGUGGAGGGUUAUUAAGCGAGCGCUUAAAUCAGAUGUACAAGAUUUAACAGCGAAGCUAAAGUUAAUGGAGGCUGGAGGUGAAACGACAGCAGCGCCAGUCGUGGCGACCGACCAUCACAUCUACUGCAACAUUCACAACUUGAGCAAGGAGGCAUUGCUUGAUAAGUCAUCAUUCUACAAAACGGAUGAUAAACGAUACUUCGAUAUCACUAACGUUCCAAACAUUUGGACAAAAGAAGAUUGAGAUUUAAUGAUUUCUCGAUAACGAAGCGAAACUGCGGAAAUAACCUACCGUUCAAAUUCAACGAAAAAAGGAUUGGGCAAUGUGUACACACAAGAGAAGCACAACUCAUAAAACCACCGAAUCGUUCUACAGCAAGUCAACAGUACAAAUAUUUCUUAAUUAUUCUAAAUGACCUCGCACAUCAAGAUUUAAAAAUAAGGAAAUUAUAUUUUCUUAAGAUAAAAUAUAUGAAGUUAAAGAAAUUCA